GGGCGGGGUGCUGAAAAGAGUGCAGCGUUGACAGGAGUGGCGCUGUCAGCAGGCCUGGCUUGGGGUGCGGACCGAGCAGGGUGCUGCCGGGAAUGACGCGAGGCGCUGAGCUGGGAGGCCGUGCAGGGGUGAAAGGACAGAGGGUAGGGACGGGCGGUGCUUAAAGGCAGGAUCCGUCAGCUGCUCAGGCCACAGAAGAGCUAGCGGGCAUCCCUGGCCUGCUCCCGGCGAUGAGCUUCCUGGAGGCCGCCCUCUGGGCAGUGCUCCAUCCCCAGACGCUCCUGCUGGGUGCUGUGGUCUUUCUGUUCUUUGCUGACUUCCUCAAAAGCCGGCGACCAAAGAACUACCCGCCAGGACCUUGGCGCCUGCCCUUCCUUGGCAACUUCUUCCACAUUGGCUUUGAGCAGUCGCACCUGACACUUCAGCAGUUUGUGAAGAAAUAUGGGAACAUUGUUAGCUUCGAAUUUGGAAACAUGCGUUCAGUUGUUAUUACUGGAUUACCCCUGAUCAGAGAAGCCCUUAUCGACAUGGACCAAAACUUUGCAAACCGCCCUGUUUUUUCUAUCCAGCAACGUGUCCUUAAGGGAAAUGGAUUGAUUAUGUCCAAUGGCCAGGUAUGGAAGGAGCAAAGAAGGUUUGCCCUGAUGGCACUGAGGAACUUUGGCUUAGGGAAGAAGAGCUUAGAGGAACGCAUUCAGGAGGAGGCCCACCACCUCAUUGAGGCAAUAAAAGAGGAGAACGGGCAGCCUUUUGACCCUCACUUCAAAAUCAACAAUGCAGUUUCCAAUAUCAUUUGCUCCAUCACCUUUGGGAAGCGAUUUGAGUACCAGGAUGGUGAGUUUCAGGAGCUGCUGAGGUUACUGGACGAGGCCACGUACAUGGAGGCUUCAGUGGCAAGCCAGCUCUACAAUAUCUUUCCAUGGAUAAUGAAGUUCCUUCCUGGUUCCCACCAAACUGUCUUCAGAAACUGGGAAAAACUGAAAUUGUUUGUUGCUCAUACCAUUGAAAAACAUAAGAGAGAUUGGAACCCUGACGAAACAAGAGACUUCAUAGAUGCUUAUCUCAAAGAAAUCGGCAAGAAUGCCAGCAAUGCUACCUCAAGUUUCCAUGAAGACAACCUCAUCUGGAGCACUCUGGACCUCUUCUUUGCUGGAACUGAGACAACUUCCUCCACCCUGCGCUGGGGGCUGCUUUACAUGGCCCUCUACCCAGACAUCCAAGAAAAAGUCCAUGCUGAGAUUGACAGAGUGAUUAACCCUGAGCAAUGGCCAAGCGUGGCCGACCGGGAGUCUCUGCCCUACACCAACGCCGUCAUCCAUGAGGUGCAGAGGAUGGGCAAUAUCGUCCCCCUGAAUGCUCCCAGGGAAGUGACAGCUGAUACCACCUUAGCUGGGUACCACCUGCCCAAGGGCACUAUAGUCAUGACCAAUUUGACUGCGCUGCACAGGGACCCAGAGGAGUGGGCCACACCGGACACGUUCAAUCCUGAGCAUUUUCUGGAGAAUGGACAGUUUAAGAAAAGGGAAUCCUUUCUGCCUUUCUCAAUAGGAAAACGAGCUUGCCUUGGAGAACAGUUGGCCAGGACUGAGCUGUUAAUUUUCUUCACUUCCCUUAUGCAAAAAUUUACCUUCAAGCCCCCAGACAAUGAGAAGCUGAGCCUAGAGUUCAGAGAAGGCAUCACCGUCUCCCCAGUCAAACACCGCCUCUAUGCUUUUCCUCGGGAGUGAGGUUGUUAGGGAAUGAAAAGAGAGGGGAAACUGAGAAGAAAUGGACUAUGUUUGGAAGACACUGGUGAAUGCACACAUAAGAGGGAACAAAAUGAUGGUGACCCCAAGGAAAGAGCAAAAGAAUUGAACUCAGUGGAAAUUAUAUCCAAAUCCCAGCUCUGCCGUGUCCCCUGAACUAUCUGUGGGAAAAAUGUGUCUUGAGUUUAGUUUACAUACUAAACAAUUUACCUUUUCAUACAAGAAAUGAAAAUGAUUCCUUCCCUAAAGAAAGUUCUUGUCAGAAUCAAAAAAAAUGGUGGAUGUCAAUUGACUUGGAACAUAAAGCACAGCAUAAAUAUUA